ACCAUCAUUUACAAAAACACUCCACCUUCUUUCUCUCUGUCCCACACUACCUUUGCAUGCUUACCGGCGGCGAGUCGUCGGUGCCGGCGAUGCAGGUGCCGGGCGGCGGCGGUACUCCGAGGCCGGAGGAGAUUCUCGAUUGGCUCCAGAAGGAGAUGGGAUACUCUGGCCAGCUUCCCUCCGCCGAUCAGAUCCGUAAGAUCUGCCGGGGGAAUAUGGUUCCGGUCUGGAAUUUUCUCCUACAGAGAGUGCGGUCGGAGAGAACUACCGGAACAGUUCGCCGGAAUAUUCUGGUCCACGGAUUGGCGGCGCCGGCGGAUGGUGGUAGGACGAGGAGGAGGGAGCGGGAGAUGGGAAGGAUGGGGUUUGAGGAGGGAUUGUCGAUCGAGGCAAGGGAGAUGGCGUUGCGGGAGAGGGAUCAGGCGGAGGAGGAGGCGGAGAGGUUGAGAAGCGUGGUGAGGAGGCAGCGGAGGGAGUUGAGGGCGCGAAUGAUGGAUAUUGCGAGGGAGGAGUCGGAGCGGAAGAGAAUGAUUGAUGAGAGGUCCAGUGCUAGACACAAACAGGUGAUGUUAGACGCUUACGAUCGACAGUGCGAUGAGGCUGCCAAGAUCUUCUCAGAGUACCAAAAACGGCUUCAUCAGUAUGUUAUUCAAGCAAGAGAUUUUAAGAGGUUGAAUACAGGCAGCACUGCUGGUUCUGUUGAUGAUAUCCAUUUACACAGUGAAAAAGAAGCUGUUUAUUCAACUGUAAAGGGCAGCAAAUCAUCAGAUGAUAUAAUUCUUAUCGAAACAUCACAAGAAAGAAACAUUAGACUGGCGUGCGAGUCUCUUUCCAAUCUUCUAAUUGAGAAAAUCCAUAGUACUUUUCCUGCUUAUGAAGGCACUGGAAUUAAUCCUAGUUCUCAGGUUGAUGCUGCAAAGUUCAUCAUGGAACUAGAAGGUCAAGUGCCCGAUGAUGUUAAGGCUAUAAUUGUUGAUUCAUUGGGAAAUCCUUCACAGUUGCUUCAGUCGAUCACCACGUACACACUACGGGUUAAUUCAUUGAUUCGCAGAGAGACUGAAAAGAUUGAUAUCCGUGCUGAUUCUGAACUUUUGAGGUAUAAAUAUGAGAAUGAUCGAGUCAUAGAUGCGGCAGCUUCAGACGCAAGCUCACCCUUACCAUAUCAAGUUUUUGGUAGUCCAAAGAGUGGAAAAGAUGUAUCAAUAAAGGGAACCUACAAUCAGCUUCUUGAACGACAAAAAGCUCAUGUUCAGCAGUUUGUGGCUACUGAAGACGCACUAAACAAGGCAGCAGAGGCCAAAAGCUUAAUUCAAAAGCUUAUAAAGCGCAUGCAUGGAAAUGGUGAUUUAGUGGCCUCACAAACUAUGCCUGCUGGAGGAACCUCCCAGAAUCUAAGCAAUGCCAGGAAUUUUGAG